AUGGAACGCUCUCAGAAGCGGAACAAGAAGCGUCACUUGUCGGGGAUGGGUCUCUCUAGUCUUCUUUUGUGUGCUACCUUCCUUUCAAGCCUCUCCACCGCCUCUCGGCCUGUAUACUUCGGUUCCCGUGAAUGGUCUCCCUUCCUUGGUCCACAGAUUCCCCUGGUAGGGAAUCAGCCUCCACUGUCCGGGGAACAUGAGUUUACUCUUCGCCACCUCUUCCACCGCGGCACGUAUGAACAGCCCGAUCUCCACAUGCGCCUUGAUGUCAAGCCCGAUACUCGCCUUUGGACCGUGUCCGAAGACGGACUCGAGAAAGAGCCCGUUGAUAUCAAGUCCCCGUUAAUUGCCUCGUCCCAGCCGGUUACAAUCCAACGCCUUGCCGAUCGUCGACCAAUGAUAAUCGAGGAACACUUGAUGGCCGCGCGAUCUAGCGGAUCGGCAAGCGUCCUCUCCCCGUCGGCAUGGGUCAUGGAUACGCUCGCCGGCCCCGAUGUCUCGAAGAAAAGGAGCGUUCUUACCUUCGCCCAGAUGACGGCAAAUGAUUAUAUCGAGGAACCCGGGAGUGAAGAUUGGCAGGAUGUUAAUGGCUCGUUCAAUUACUCGUCGAGCUUCGGUUGGGGCAACGACGGCCUUAGGGGUCAUAUCUAUGCGGAUGAGACAAACAGCACUAUCGUCAUAUCCCUGAAAGGGACCUCACCUGCCCUUUUUGAUGGCGCCGGCACGACCACGAAUGACAAAGUAAAUGACAACUUGUUCUUUAGUUGCUGUUGCGGACAAGGUGGAUCGUACCUGUGGCGCCAAGUAUGUGACUGUCAGAAGUCGGCAUUUACGGCCAACAUAACCUGCAUCGUUGAAGCUAUGCAUGACGAAAACCGCUACUACCGCGCCGCACUGGACCUUUACGCCAACGUCACCGAAAUAUAUCCCGAAGCCAACGUUUGGCUCACUGGUCACUCUCUGGGCGGAGCCAUGACCAGCUUGCUUGGCUUGACCUACGGAUUGCCUGUCGUCACGUUUGAAGCCGUCCCUGAAGCCCUACCAGCAGCCCGUCUCGGCCUCCCAAGCCCUCCUGGCCAUGAUGCAAGGCUCCCUCAAUCACGGCAGUUCACCGGGGCCUACCAUUUUGGACACACCGCAGACCCCAUAUACAUGGGGACGUGUAACGGAGUGAGCUCUGUCUGUACAUGGGGCGGUUAUGCCAUGGAGUCUGCGUGUCACACGGGUCAGAUGUGUGUCUACGAUACCGUGGGAGACAAAGGCUGGCGCGUUGGACUUGGAACCCAUCGGAUUAAAGCGGUCAUCUCCGAUGUCAUCAAAGUCUAUGAUGAUGUUCCUCCUUGUGCAGCAGAGGAGGAGUGCUACGAUUGCGAGUUGUGGAAAUACUUCCGUAGUAAUGGCUCAGAGACGACCACGAGCUCCACGACAUCUGCGACGAGCACUUCGACCACUUCAAGCACGUCGACGUGCAAAACUCCUGGAUGGUGGGGCUGCCUAGACGAAAGCACUACUACGACCGCGCCUACUACUACUGCGACUACUACCUCGACGUCUACAUCGACCUGUAAGACCCCAGGUUGGUUUGGAUGCAAGGACAAGACGACGACGACCACCACCACCACCACCACCACAUCCUCCGCCGUCACUACUACCGAAGCAUCGGCGUCAACAUCGACAUCGACGUGCAAAACACCAGGAUGGUUCGGGUGCAAAGACCAGGAAACCACUACAGCCGCCGCACCGGCCCCCACAGUCACCUCGACGAUGCCAACGAAAACCUCGUUAAGCAAGUGCCAUCACCCGGGAUGGUUUGGCUGCCGUGACGCCACCAGCUCGACGACCGCUCUCCAGACUCCUCCCCCUAGUCUUACCUCAACCUGCCAGACGCCAGGGCUCUUCUGGGGCUGCUGGGACACAUCAGCACUCAGCACCCAUCCUAUCACCACGCCUCCAUGA